AUGUCGCUUUGUAAGGUUUGUGAGGAGGCGUUGGUGUUGCGAUUGGAAACAGACGACGAUGAAAUCGAGGCUUCUGGUACCGCUGGUCCAAGUACUGUCUCAAACUCAUCGGUCCCUGACGAUCUCGAAUUAUCCUGUGGUUGUCAUUUCCAUUGGCAAUGCUUGUUGGAUCAAUCCACUGACAUAGCCCUGUCUCUCAAGUGUCCCAGCUGCAGCGCCCACCUACCCGUCAACAGCGCGGGACCAUCUGUGACCAACCCAUUUCUCUCUACACCACCAGGCGCGGCAAUCAUCACAACGUAUACAAAUGAGGGCGGCGUCCAAGAAGGACUAGACAUUCUGCCGUCGAUUACAGAAGAAGCAUAUCUCGACAAUCACCCUGAGGCACGUCCGGCUCGUGCGCUACAUGUGAUGUGUGCAGAGGGUGACAUUGAAGGUAUUGUUGAACUGCUUCAGGAUGCCAGCGACGACAUCGAGGAUAUGGUGUCCUUUGUAACAUACCAGGAUCCUCUUGCGGAUAUGAAGAGUGGGCUUCACCUGGCCAUUGAGUGCAAGCAAGAGGAGUCCCUCUGGCUUCUGCUUUGGCUUUGUUCAACGAUCCCGAAUUCUUCCUUUCCCGAAAACGCUCGCUCUGUGGCCGGAGCUCUAGGCGUUGGCAGAUUAUCGGUAAACAGCGAAAAGGACAUUCGUGGUUUACGAGACAGCCAUGGCAGGACAGCAGCCGAUAUCGCUCAGCGGCAGCAGGGCCAGUGGGGGUUGAUUCUCCAGGCAGGUCUACUGUCGCUUUAA